AUGGACCUGAGGGUGACAAGCGUUCUCUUCGUCCUCCUAGCUUUGGCUGAGGCGACCCCUGAUAGGUACUACCAUGUGCCAAAAGUGAGCAAGGCUGCCUACCCCGUGAAGAGUCAAGCCGUUACAGGCCAGCCAGGUCCUCCAGGUGAGCCAGGACCAAUGGGGCCAUCUGGACCUCCUGGAAAGAGUGGUACAGGACAUACUGGACCACAAGGCCCUGCAGGUCCUCCCGGACCCCCUGGCUACUCUCAAGCUGGUAAACCCGGUGCCUCAGGUGGCAAUGGAAAACCAGGUAGCCCUGGCUACCCUGGUCAGAAAGGUGAAGCUGGCGCAACUGGGCCAAUGGGUGCCAGAGGUGCACCUGGGUCACAUGGAUCACCUGGACCUUCUGGAAUUUCUGCAAGUGGAAAACCUGGGCCAGCUGGCUUCCCUGGGGCAGUGGGACAAAGAGGAGAGGUUGGUUUGAAGGGACAUCCUGGUAUUCCUGGCCUUCCAGGUACCAAAGGAGAAAGAGGCAUUGGAGUUCCUGGGGUUCAAGGACCACCAGGCUCAGUUGGACCAAUGGGCCCAUCUGGAAUGCCUGGCAAACCUGGAGUUGGUAUACAUGGAGCCACUGGCUAUUCCGGAGAACCUGGAAAGAGUGGUGUGCCAGGAAGAGAUGGUGCUCCUGGGGCAAUGGGUAUGCCAGGACCAAAGGGUCACACUGGGGCUCCAGGUAUAGGAGGAUCAGGGAAACCAGGCCAGAAUGGUAGCCCAGGUAUGCCUGGAGCUAUGGGUCCUAAAGGUCAUAUGGGUCCAGCUGGUCAGCACGGCUCCCCUGGCAUGCCAGGUGAGAGCAAAACAGGUGAAACUGGAAUGCCAGGUAGCAGAGGAGCCCCCGGUACUCCAGGAACCACUGGUCAGAAAGGAGAGCCAGGCCCAACUGGUUUUACUGGUCAGCCAGGUGCUUCUGGUCCUAAUGGCCCAGCUGGUCCACAAGGUGCAAGAGGAUUCCAGGGUGAGGGAGGCCCAGCAGGACCCAAAGGUGACACUGGUAUGGUAGGUGCACCAGGCCCAAGGGGAACAAAGGGUGAACAGGGAGCUCAUGGUUUCACUGGAAAACCAGGUUCCACAGGUGCAGUAGGUCCUCCAGGAAUGUCAGGGCAACAUGGUCCUCAAGGUCCAAAGGGUGUACAAGGCCAUGCUGGUGCCCCUGGAAUCCCAGGUUCAAAUGGUGCCCCGGGACUAAAAGGACACACAGGGCCCGCAGGAGGACCAGGAAAAAGUGGUGAGAACGGAAGGUCAGGACCUAUGGGACCAGGAGGCCCCCCCGGCCCGGCAGGUCCCACUGGAAUUAAGGGCCAUCCAGGUCUCCCAGGCUCACCUGGCCCAGCUGGCUUGACAGCUAAGGGAAUUUCUGGUCCUAUGGGUCCACCUGGAAAUCCUGGUGCCAGGGGUCAAGAUGGUCACCCAGGCCCAGCCGGUCCUCCUGGUCCUCCUGGCCAACCAGGAGAGAUGGUCUACCACCAUGAGAAGAGCAUGCCAAUCAAGUCCCACGAGGUUGUGAUGUCUCAUGAGAUGAUGAAGUCCCCCAUGUCCGCAUUCAGUGCUGUGCUGACUAGAGCCUACCCCCCAGCUGCAACCCCUAUACAGUUCAACCAGGUUCUGUACAAUGGAGAGAACCAUUAUGACGAACACAGCGGUGUGUUUACCUGCCAGGUCCCAGGCCUCUACUAUUUCAGCUAUCAUGUGCAUGUCAAUGGUGCCAAUGCACUGGUGGCCCUCUACAAAAACGAGGAUCCAGUUAUGUUCACUUAUGAUGAGUACAACAAAGGCUUCCUGGAUCAGAUGUCAGGCAGUACUGUUCUUAUGUUGCAUGACGGUGACAGAGUCUAUGUGCAGGUCCCUGAUGAGGAGAGCAAUGGCAUAUUUGCAGCAGAUAAUGUUCAUUGCGCUUUCUCUGGGUUCCUGAUUGCCUCAACGUGAUUUCACAAAUCCAGAUAAACCUCAAAACCUUACAAAACAUUGAACUACUACUAAAUUUUAAAUUGAGAUUAUAGAUUAAAACAAUGUAUGGUUGUAAUCUUAAAACAUUUAACUGCCUGAUUCAAAUAUUUUCAAUAAUAAGAAAAAGUGUUUAAUAUGCCAACAAAUUAAUUGAUUUACAGAGGUAUUAUUGAGUAAUUUUUUUAAAUAUAUGGUUAAAAUUGUUCCCUUCCCCUACUUCACCAUGUGUGUAAUUCUAGGAAACCUAAAACAAUAUUGGAAUAUAUAGGUUAAAUGGUGCUUUACGACUGCCUGUAACAUUUACAGCAUGUCUUUUAUUUGUGUUUGGUUUUAUUAAUGUUUGUUGUUUAAGAAUUUUCUUGUAAUAUACAUACAAAAAACACACAAACUGUGCUCUCUAAUAAUCAUGCAUUAAAUGUUAAUAGAGAUCAGUACAUUCUCACAAGUGCUGUGAUCAGCAAAACAACACAGAUUGAGAAAUUAAAACUGCAUUUUUUUUUCAAAACAACUAUGUCCCAUUGGAUGUGUUAAGUUAUGUACCACUUACUGACCAGAACACAGAAUAAAACUUCU